CCAGCACCACCAGACGCCCCCCGCCACCGGCAGCUCGCUUCCCCUCACCGGCCAGACCUCGAGCUUCCAUCUCCCCCUCCCCACUCCCCACCCAACGCCAUCUUCGUCCCUUUACUGCCUCCCCCGACCCCCUGGUCUCCCUUCGUCCGUCGCGGAGAUCGAACUCAGGCGCGGCGUGGAGAACCUGAUCGUCGACCUCCAGAGCGAGAGCACGGUGCGGGGGCACGAAGGAGGUGGAAGAAGAUGGCGGAAAGAGAAGGUCAAGGUAGCUCAAAAUCUGUUCAUAAUAGUUUGCAACACACAAAGGAGCAGGAAGACAUAAAAGGUGAAGCGACUGUUGUAACAGACUCUGAACCGAUGAGGGAAGAACUGGUUCAGAGUGCUAUUGUUUUUCUAAAACACCCAAAAGUUGUAGCCUCUUCUAAUGUCCAGAGGCGUUCUUUCCUGGAAAACAAGGGCCUCUCUGUGGAUGAAAUCGAUGAAGCAUUUCGGCGUUUACUAAGCCUGCCUUCGAAUUCUGUAAAUUCAGAUACAUGCACACCUCAGGGGGUAUCUGACCAUUCUUGCACAACUACUCGGCAGGAAGCUGAAAUUGACACAGAGCGUGUGGAUGUUUCAGAGACUCCUAACCCUGAAACUGUGACUCCGGUGUUGCCCCGUCACCCAAAAUCAUAUAUGGAGGUGAUGGAAAUGAUACAAAGGGGAGAGCGGCCAGAUGAUAUCCAGGAUAUUAAUGAUGAACCUCCAAACCCUGAUCAACCAAUCUCCGAACCCCGUAUGGCACCCAAGCCAAAGCCAUGGGAAAAGCAAGGUCAAGAAAGUCCCAGCUGGGAUCUGAAAGCUCACCCAAGCGACUCCAUCGAGUUAAGGUCGGAAGUUCAUAACGAUAGCACUGACCAGGCCACAGGAUCAAACAGCAGCUCCAAUCACGGUGACUUGUCACUGAUGGUAGAGCCGGUUACGGGCUCUGAAGCUCCCACAGACGAUGCCGCCUCGCCAAAGCAGUAACCGUGAAAGCACCAUAUACACGCUGAUGGGAUCAGACAUGAUGAAGCCAUCUCAGCCACCAGUUGCUGGCCAAACAGGCUUCAGAUUCCAGUACUACAUCAUUACAUUUUUCACGGUGGUCUUUCGGAAUUACCAGCUACUCCUACUUUGUACUUGAGUUUACUACAAGUCUAUUUGUUGGUGUAAGAGCAAGUCUAGCAGUUCUCGUAAA